UCCCUUAAAAGAAAUAUAAAGUAGCUAGUGUAGCCGGCGAGGUCCUCUCCCCUCAGUCUUCUUCCUCCUCUGCCUUGUUGCUACCAGUUGGAUCCAUGGAGCAGAGCCAGAUGGCUAGAGUGAAGCUUGGCACGCAGGGCCUCGAGGUGUCCAGGAUCGGGUUCGGAUGCAUGGGUCUCACCGGCGUGUACAACGAUCCGGUGCCGGAGGAUGCUGGCGUCGCCAUCAUACGGCGCGCCUUCGACGCCGGCGUCACCUUCUUCGACACCGCCGAUGCUUAUGGGCCACACACCAACGAGGUCCUACUUGGAAAGGUCAAAAUCCUCCUCCUCUCCAAAGUCGAAUAUGAUGUGUUUGUGCUUUGGGCAUACAGGUCGAAUUAGAUGGAAUGCUAGAAAUGUUUAUCCAAGCAUCACCUUCUCCUCCGUCCCAAACUAUAAGAUGUUUUGGUAGGCUAAUUUGGAACAGAGGACGUACUACCUUUUAGCAUCCGGCUGCCACGAGUAAAUAGCAUAAAACUACUACUUUACAGGAUAGGGUCCUAAAAAACUACAUGUUUUUAGUUUUUUGAAACCCUAGCCUGCAAAGUAGUAGUUUAAUGCUAUUUACUCGGCUGCCACAGAUAGAAGCUCAGAAAGUAUAGUGAAUCCUUGGCAGCUUAUUUAUGAGUUAGCGAUGCUCCUGUUAUCAGUAUCUGAGAUGAUCCUUUGUAAGCUACGAUGACACAUUAGUGGCGGAGUUUCACACGGAUCACAGAGGGAACUGGUAUCAAGAGGGUUACUGACUGAACACACAAGAGAGGGCAUAAUGUAAAUCUCAUUGUACUGUUGUUUUGUGUUUAGCAAAGCAUUGUGUCUUGAUCAUCAGUUGUCUGCACUAAGCUCCACCACUAGACACAUUGCAUAAAGUCAGAA